AUGUGUAUGCUUGACAUUGUGUCUGUGGAUGAAAUGAUGUUGAGUCUACGAGUUGACAGGCAGUUUCCUGAUACAUCUCAGGAUGGGAUUGCUGAUAAAUGCAAUGAGUCUGAAUGGGAUCUCACAACUAUUGUUGAUGAUCGUUUUGAAUUGAAAGAUUUGAAUCAAAAGGGGUCUCUGUCAUUUUUAACAUUUGUUCCAUCCAACGUUGAUUAUCUUCUUACGUGUUUAAAACAUUCACGUCUAACAACAGUAUCAAAAAUUGUUGGCGUCUAUCAUAUUCAAUAUCCACAUUCAUUAACGGGAGAAAAUAUUAAACGGGAUAUUCCUGUCUUAGAAAAUUUAUUUUAUCCACCAUAUAAAUCGUCAUCAACAAUUAUUCACAUAAAAUCAACAAUUCAACAUAAAGAUUCGGCAAUAUAUACAUCACUGGAUAGAAGAAGUCUUCUUCUACAAGGUCACACAUAUCCCGUUCUGUAG